AUGGAAGCAUACAGAGAGGAAGCUCUCAGAGUGAAACAGAUCGCUGAGAGGAGAUUUGCAGAAAAAGAUUUUACAGGCGCAAAAAGUUAUGCCUUGAAAGCUAGGUCCUUGUUUCCUGAUUUGGAAGGUUUAUCUCAGAUGGUUGCGACCUUUGAAGUUUAUUUAGCCUCUCAGAGUAGAAGCGGUGGUCAAAUUGAUUAUUAUGCAGUACUUGGGCUGAAACCGUCUGCCGGGAAAAGAGAAGUGAAGAAACAGUACAAGAAGAUGGCUGUAUUGCUCCAUCCUGACAAGAACAAAUGCAUUGGAGCUGAUGGUGCGUUCCAUCUGAUAUCUGAAGCCUGGAGUUUCUUGUCCAGUGAGUUUAGUAAAAGCACUUUUUAUUACAAAAGAAAGAAGCAUAUCGACUCUACAGUGGUUCAGAAGCACAGCACAGAAUACAUGUCUGGGACUGGGACUGCAGCAUUUGAUCGGUUUCCACCAUCUUCAGAAAGACUUGACACUUUCUGGACUGUAUGCACCUCUUGCAAAGUUCAGUACGAGUAUCUGAGGAAGUAUAUGAAUAAGAGGCUUUCAUGUAAGAACUGCCGUGGAGCAUUUAUUGCUGUAGAAACGGGUCCAGCUCCUGUCAGUGCACCAUUUCAUUACACGCCUCCAUCUCAUGCGCCUCCAAGUAAUGGCUAUGGUGCACAUGGUUAUGAUGCUGUUGCACGCAUGCCCACCAAUUCCACAUAUUUCUUAGGCCACUAUCCUAGGCAAGGACAUGGAUAUGAAUAUGCUACAAAUGGUUCAUAUGAUUGGAACUCAUACUCUGGAACAACCUCCCCAGGGAAUCUGGAUUUGAAGCGUGUGUCCUCAGUGUCCAAUGGGUAUCCUUAUAAGCACAGUAACUCAGUAGUCAGCGCGGGAAUAAGUAAAGUCAAAGAAGGUUCUAAUGGGACAUGCUCGAUAAAAAGCACACCAGGUAUUCUGAUAUACGCUAAUCCGCCUAGCAUGUCUGCUCAUGCAACUGCAGUUAAGGUCGGAAGACCUGGGAAGAAGAGCAAAGUUUUUCUGGAAUCGUCUGGUAAUGGAUUUGCUGAGAACACUCUGAAAUCUGCUUCUGUAUCAAAGACAACGAAUGCGGAUGCCAACAUGGAACAGGACUACAAACUUCAUGGCCAAAGUUAUGGUUCAACUAGGCGGUGGUCUGCUGCAUCAGUAUUGGAUACACGGAAGCCAUUAAUUCAAAAGGCCAGAGCAGACAUUCAGAAAAGACUGGAGUUCAUGAGAUUGGCUUCAGAGGCAGCAGCGGCUGCAGAGGAUUUAACACCCAUUGAUGAAAAAUCUGUUAUCUCCUGUAAGUUGGGAGAUGUUGCGGGACGCAAAACAAAUGGGCCAAUAACAGUCCCAGACUCUGAUUUCCAUGAUUUCGAUAAAAACAGAUCGGAGGAGAGCUUCGAGCCACGGCAAAUAUGGGCAAUAUAUGACGAAGAUGAUGGUAUGCCACGCCUGUACUGUGUGGUUCGAGAAGUACUCUCAGUUCAACCCUUUAAGAUUGACAUAGCUUACUUGAGCUCCAAAACCGACAUAGAGUUUGGGUCAAUGAAAUGGGUACAAUACGGGUUUACAAAGUCGUGCGGUCAUUUCAGGAUACGAAACUCUGACAUAGUUGAACAUGUUAACAUCUUUUCACAUCUUUUGAGAGGCAAGAAGACAGGGAGAGGUGGUUGUGUUCGAAUCUUCCCCAAAACUGGGGAGAUUUGGGCAGUCUACAAGAACUGGUCACUAAACUGGAACGAAUCAACCCCGGAUAAAGUGAGGCACCAAUAUGAAAUGGUCGAGAUCCUUGAUGAGUAUACUGAACAAUAUGGUGUGUGCAUUGUGCCUCUUGUUAAACUAGAAGGCUACAAAACUGUGUAUCACAGGAGCACGUGGGAGGACAGCAAGAAGUGGAUACCGAGGAGUGAGAUGUUGCGGUUUUCGCAUCAAGUGCCGUCUUGGUUUCUUAAAGAUGCAACUAGUGGCUUUCCCGGAAACUGUUGGGACUUAGAUCCGGCAGCAAUCCCAGAGGAGCUGCUUGACAUCAGAGCAGGAACCGAUUGA